AUGGACCUCGACAAGCUCGCCGCCCACAGCAAGUUUUUCGACCACCUGGUGGACCUGGUGCCCGCCAAGUAUUACCUGGAUGGCGGUCAGGAGACGGUCAAUCUGAAGUACAUGAAGAAGAGCGCGCGGGACGAGGCCAAGGCCGCCUUUAAGCAGCAAUACAAGGCGGCCAAGCGCGCCAAGCUGGACCCCGACCAAGCCAAAGGCACGCUGCAGCUGCAGAAGGAAGCGGCGGAGGCCGCCCGCGCCGCCCGUGCAGAGCAAAACGGAGCACCGGCAUCCGACGACAGCGGCAGCGAGGAGGAGGAGGGCGAGGGGGAGUCUGACGCCGAGGCAGACAGCGGCAGCGAGGAGGAGGCGGCGGCGGCGGCGGCGCGCGGGCAGCAGGGCGGCGGCGGCCAGCUGGCGCACGCGCAGCAGCAGGGGGCCGCGGGGCAGCUGGCGAUAUCCAAGGGCAAGCCCCCCAGCAGGGAGGAGCUCAAGGAGCGGCUGCAGAAGAAGCUGGAGGACAUGCGGAGGCAGCGCAAGGCUGAGGAGCAGCAGCAAAAGGCGGCGGAGGCCAAGCAGUGGCGGGAGAAGUCGCUGGCUGAGGGGCGCAAGAAAGUGGGCAAGGCGGCAGCGCAGCAGCAGCGGCGGUCCCACAAGGGCAAGGGCGGCGAGCAGGCGGCGGCAGCGGGCGGCGCCGGCCAGCAGCAGCAGGCGCAGGGGCAGCAGGGGCAGCAGCAGAAGCAGCGCAAGCAGCACAAGCGGCAGCGGGAGGAGGGCGGGGAGGGCGGCCUGGCCUUCAACAAGCUCGACUUUGGGCCAGACCCGAGGCAGCAGAAGAAGCAGCGUCGCAAGCAGUCCAAGCAGCAGCUGCUGGCGGCGGCGACCGAGAAGCAGGCGGCUGCAGCGGAGCUGGGGGCCAGCCAGGAGGGCAAGGCAAAGCUGCAGCGCGAGGCAUGGGGCACGGCGCUGCAGCGGGCCAAGGGCGACAAAGUGUUUGACGAUCCCAACCUGCUGAAGAAGAGCCUGAAGAAGGAGGCCAAGAUCAAGGCCAAGAAGGCCGAGGCGUGGAAGGAGCGGGUGCAGAAGCAGGGGGAGCAGCAGAAGGCCAAGCAGCAGAAGCGCCGCGACAACAUCGACGGCCGCAUCAAGGCCAAGCAGGACAAGAAGAAGCAGAAGCGCGAGAACAAGCUGCUGCGGGCGGGCUUUGAGGGGCGCAAGCAGGGCUUCAUAGAGACGCCCAAGCGGUCUGGCGGCGGCGGCGGCGGCGGCGGCGGGCAGUAG